UAUAAAUUCUAGAGUUCUGCGAUUCUGCCAAACCACAGCAAUUCUUAGAGAGUGAAAAAGAGUGUAAAGGUAACAGAUAAGAAGCAAUGGAAGGAAAAGCCAUGAUAGUUCUUGAGCUCUUGCUUAUGGUUGCACUGGUAACGGGGCAACCUGGUAGCAAUACUCCUCCUGCUCCUCAAACACCAGGAGCUAUUCCCGCACCAAAUCCCCCUACAGUCCCAGGUGGUCUUCCUUCCCCUGCGAUCCCUGGUAGCGAUCAGCUUCUCCCUGGUGGCGGUAUGCUCCCCCCUGGUGGUGGUCUGGUGAUUCCAGGUGAUGGUGUGGCUCCCCCUCUAUACCCUGGUGAUGGUGUGGUUCCCCCUCUAAUCCCUGGUGGUGGUAUUAUUCCCCCUUUCAUUCCAGGCAUUGGUAUUGAUCUUCCUAAGCGUAAAUGUGUUGGAAAGUGUGCUCUCCUGUGCCAGAGAUUUAAGAGAAACCGCUUUGCUGCUAAGAUUUGCGCUGGUCUUUGCAUGCUACGAUGUGGAAUUCGAAUGUCAAAUGUUGUUUACAAUUGCACUGAGAACUGUGCACAUUCUGUCUCCCCCAUUUCAAUCUCGGAUGCCCGUGAAGCACAGAGUUUCGUGAAUUCCUGCUAUGAACGUUGCAAGAAUAACUAGAUUUUCUUUGAUAGUACUAGAAUUUUCUUACCACAUGAGAAAACUUGUCAGGAUCAUCCUAUUUGAGAAUAAAAGAGCAGAAGAAUGAGAGCUAUGCAUUGUAA